AUGGGCUGGCCGUAUGAGUUCCUCACACUCUCCGAUGAGGAAAAGCACCAGCGCCGUUUGAGCCUCAACUACUACGCCUGGAUAGCACAUCUCUCUGCCUUCGCACCGGCACUAUUAUUCAUUAUAGCACGGAUUGUCAACCGCGUAUGUCGAGGGGGUAGCAGCGGCUAUAGCCAAGUCCCCGGUUCACCUGGCGUCAAGGCGAACCGGCAGAGAUGGAUCUCUAGAGCCAUGGGGAAGGGUCCUAUGGUGCAGUGGUGGCUGGGCGAAGAUGUCUGGUUUCUGGGGAGUCAUUGGGGACAGCGUGAUGAGUGGGUUCUGGGCAUUACCUGGACAAUUUGGUUGUUGGUGUUGAGUAUUCAUGGUACAGGAAAAGACUAUCUUCACCUUACAAAGCGAGUUGGUAUUGUUGCGACAUCUCAAAUGCCCAUCCAGUAUCUCCUCGCUCUAAAGGCCCUCAAUCCCUACGCCUACGUGCUGCGGUCAUCUCAUGAGCACCUCAACCGCUAUCACCGGGUCCUUGGCCGCAUCAUCUACUCUCUACUUAUACUUCACGCCAUUCUCUACAACGUCUUCUUCAUCGAGUCUGGAAUAUGGCUCAAGCGCUUUUUUGCCCCCGUUGUUUUUGCAGGUGUUGCGGGCUUAAUUGUGCUUCAUGCUCUUAAUGGUACGGCUAUGGCCCGCGUUCGUCAGAUGUCGUAUCGCUUGUUCUUCAUAGUUCAUCUGCUGGGAGCUUUCGCCAUCCCGCCUUUGAUCUACUACCACGCACCAUCGUCGCGUUUCUACGUCGUCGAGGCCAUUGGUAUAUUCGUGCUAGAUCUUGCUGUGCGGAAGAUCAUCACUAUUACAGCGCCCGCUGUUGUUGAAGCUAUCCCUGGUACAAACCUGGUCAAAGUCACUGCCAAGCUACCAAAGUCAAAGAUUGCCAAGUACGCAGCUCGUCCCGGAUCACAUAUCUACCUCAACGUCCCACCGGCUUCGCGUCCAGGCAUCGGGCAGUUCUCUGCGCCUUAUCUUGUCUUUGAGUUUCUAUACAACCCCUUUACUGUAGCCUCGACGAACCAGGAGUCAGAUGAGUUGACCUUUGUCGCACGAACACGAACUGGCCCCAUGACAAGUCGUCUACAUCACCUCUCUUCUAAUACAACUGCCGAAACGUCGGCGGAAAAGGUUGAACUUAACAUCGAAGGCCCGUACGGCACGAUAGGAAAGACGUUUAACGACCUGGUCACAUCAGGCAUCAGCCGUGUUCUCAUCGUGGCUGGCGGCGUGGGAGCAACAUUUGCUGUACCGCUAUACCACGCUAUCCUCGCCGAAAACUCAAUUACAAACGUCCAGUUCAUCUGGGCCAUCCGCAGUGCAGGCGACGCAACAUGGGCCUCAUCAAGUCCCACCGGCAAGUCCCUGCUGAACGACGACCAAGUACAGCUCUUUCUCACUGGUGAAAUGGGUGUAGCCAACGACAGCGAUAACGCGGCUAGUGUUGAAAUGAACAACCUAUCCCAGCCAAGUACUCGCGCCGCUAUUCGCAAUAGCAAAAGACCCGAUUUGCAGAAGAUUGUCGACGAUACGUUCCGGAAGAGUCAGCAGGACGGUGUCGCUAUUUUGGUCUGUGGCCCUACUGAGAUGACCAGAGAGUUGCGCAAGAGUGUGACACCGUGGGUUAUGAAGGGGGGUAAUGUUUGGUGGCAUAAUGAGAGCUUUGGGUGGUAG